ACUUCACUACGAUUUUUUGUGACUGGGAUACUAGUCUGCAACACUCUCUGGCUCUGUCUAUCUGUUUGGCACUCCAAACAUGGAAGCGUGGUUCAUCAUCUUAAUCUCUCUGUGCAUCUGCGUCCUCGUAAGAGCCAUCGUCUCUGUCCUUCACAAUCCAUCCACAAUCACAACCCCACCAGGCCCUUCUCACAUCCCAAUUAUCACAGCCAUCACAUGGCUCCGAAAAUCAUUCUCCGAACUCGAACCAAUCCUCCGAACCCUCCACGCCAAAUAUGGCCCUAUCGUCACUCUUCGCAUUGGCUCUCGCCCCUCCAUCUUCAUAGCCGACCGUUUCCUCGCCCAUCGCGCCCUCAUCCAAAACGGUUCUCUCUUCUCCGACCGCCCCAAAUCCCUCGCCACCGGCAGAAUCGUCAGCAGCAAUCAACAUAACAUCAGCUCCGCCUCAUACGGCGCCACGUGGCGUACUCUCCGCCGUAACCUCACCUCCGAGAUUCUCCACCAGGCGCGCGUCAAGUCCUUCUCCCAAAUCCGCACCUCCGUCCUCCACUCCCUCCUCACGGGGCUAAAAUCCGAUUCAACAUCCAACCACUCCGUUAGAGUCAUCCACCACUUCCAAUACGCCAUGUUCUGUUUGCUCGUCUUCAUGUGCUUCGGCGAUAGAGUUAACGACGAGAAAAUCAGAGACAUAGAGCGCGUGCAGCGCCAACUGCUUCUCGGUUUUAACAGAUUCAAUAUUCUCAACUUCUGGCCAAAAAUCACUGGUGUUCUGUUCCGCAAUCGUUGGGAAGAGCUUUUAAGGUUUAGGAAGGAGCAAGAAGAUGUGCUUGUUCCGCUUAUAAGAGCGAGGAAGCAAGCGAAGGAAGAAGGUAGAGUAAACGAUGAUUCUAUUGUGUCGUAUGUUGAUACGUUGUUGGAAUUGGAGUUACCUGAGGAGAAAGGGAAACGGAAGCUGACUGAGGAGGAAAUUGUGACGUUGUGUUCGGAAUUUUUGAACGCGGGUACGGAUACGACUUCGACGGCGUUACAGUGGAUAAUGGCGAAUUUGGUGAAGUACCCGCACGUGCAAGAGAGGGUGGUGGAGGAGAUAAGGGAAGCGGUGGGUGAGAGAGCGGAGAGGGAAGUGAGAGAGGAAGAGUUGCAGAAAUUGGGGUAUCUGAAGGCUGUGAUUUUGGAAGGGUUGAGGCGUCACCCACCGGGGCACUUUGUGUUGCCGCAUGCGGUAACUGAGGACGUCGUUUUGAAUGAUUACUUGGUGCCUAAGAAUGGGACCGUGAAUUUCAUGGUGGCGGAGAUGGGGUGGGACCCCAAGGUGUGGGAGGAUCCGAUGUCGUUUAAGCCUGAGAGGUUCUUGAAUGAUGAAGGGUUUGAUAUUACAGGGACCAAGGAGAUUAAGAUGAUGCCGUUUGGUGCUGGGAGGAGGAUCUGUCCUGGGUAUAACUUGGCCCUGCUUCAUUUGGAAUAUUUUGUGGCUAAUUUGCUUUGGAAUUUUGAGUGGAAGGUUCCAGAAGGCAUUGAUGUGGAUUUCUCAGAGAAACAGGAGUUCACUGUGGUGAUGAAACAUGCGUUGCAGGUUAAAGAUCACAAAGUUGUUUGAGUAUCCAAGGAAAAUGGAAAUUAAUGUGGGAUCAAGUAGUAGUGGGGUAAAGUCAGUUGAAUUGAGAAGAAAAUUGCACCUAAAGGUUAAGAAAGUUGACACCACUAGCCUGAGAGAGUUAGGAAAAAAGCUGAAGACAGUUCAACAACUCACUUUAGUGAGGAGAUUCGGAAACAUUCUGAGAUUGAUGGAGGUGGAUGUACAAGAAGAUGCCAUAACAGCCCUAGCCCAAUAUUAUGAUUCUCCAUUAAGAUGUUUCACCUUUCAAGACUUUCAGUUGGCUCCAACACUAGAGGAGUUUGAGCAGAUUCUAGACUUGUCUUUGGAAGGUCAGCAGCCAUACCGUCCCUUAGAACACUAUGCAUCCCUCCCAACCAUAGCCAAUGUCUUAAGGAUCCACCCAGCAAAAUUGCAACAAGCUUGUCAAGAGAGACAUCAAAAUAGAGGGUUCACGAGAGAUUUUCUUGAGCGACAUAUACAAAACCUAGCAAGCAAUGAAAAUUGUGAGACUUUUAUGGAUGUUUUAGCACUCACUAUUUAUGGCAUUGUCCUUUUUCCCAAGCAUGAUAACUUUGUGGAUUUAACAUCCAUAGAUGUGUUUCUUGCACGUAAAAAUUGACUUGAAAACCCUGUCACUGCUAUAUUGGCUGAUGUCUACUGUACACUGAGCUUUUGCCACGAGAAGAAAGGAAAAAGAAUAAUAUGUUGUCUGCCUAUGCUCUAUAUAUGGCUCACAGCUCAUAUCUUUAAAAGACCAAGUGAGAUCAAAUGCCCUAUCACUGAUUUGUUGAGGUUUCAGAUUGGGACGAAGAGUGGUCAAAAAUGGGCCAACCACCUGGCUAGCUUGAAUGAAGGACACAUUAGGUGGCACACCCCAUGGCAGCAGUCGACGACCAUAGUUUAUCAUUGUGGGAAUUACCCAAAUGUUUCGCUUAUGGGUACUCGAGGGUGCAUCAAUUAUAAUCCAGUUAUGGGGCAACGUCAGCUUGCCUAUCCUAUGAUGGGACCACUUGCCAAGGAAUUGUUGACUCCUUUUGUUUUCUACUAUGAAGAUGAAAAUUUCACUGAGUUAAUCCAAAAAGUAAAGAGUGCAUGGGCAAAGGUUAUUCGAAAAGGAAAAGAGUUAGGUGUGAGGAGUUGUGCGGCAAAAGCAAGUUAUCGUGAGUGGGUUAAUGAAAGGGUCCAAGAUAUUAAGCUACCAUUUAAGGCCCCAGGUACUUCCCAAGAAACUGAAUCAUCUAAUCCAGAACCUAUUGAGGAUGAAGAAGUGAAAGAAUUAAAGGUAAGACUAGCAAAGAAGAUAGAGAAAAAUGUGAAGAUAGAAAAAGAACUUCUAGAAAGCCGCCAGACUUGUGCCAUUUUGAAGAGAGAAAACAACGAAAAAUAACAGGCUUAUGAAGAAGUUUGUAAGAAGCAUAAGUCAGUGCAAAGUCAUGCGUCUAAGGUUCAACGAUGUCUUGAAGCUGCAAGCAAAGAGCUGGGAUUGAGGGUAAAAGAAUGGAAUGUAGCCUUGUAUGAAAAGCGUCAAUUGAAAGGUGCAUUGUACAAAGCCAAAGGAGAUAAACAAGAAGCACUGACCCAAGUAAAUGAGCUUCAGGCGUGAGUGCAACACAUGGAGCAACAGAUACAAGAAAUUGUCGUAGCGUGCGAGGCUGAAAUUAAUAUGGAGAAAUGGGAUGUGAUCAGGGUAAUGCAAGAAUAUGAAGUCAUUGUGAAACAGAAGAAUGGUCAAAUAAAAGAAGUAGACAAGUUCAUUGAGUAUUGGAUCAAGCGUUUCAUACAGCUAGCAUCUUUGGCUAAUGGAGCAAUUGAUGAUAUUCCACGCAUGUUAGCAAAUGUUGAGACAACUACUUUUUUCUAUGAAACACCUCAAGAUAUUAAAGAUUUCCUCAACCAUUGCAAUUGGUUAAUCUUAGAGAUGAAAGGAAUUAUAGCUAGGGCCAGGAAAGGGUGAUGUAAUGACUUAGGAUGCAGGUAGAUUAUGUAAGGGUAGGAAGAGAAUGGUGUAUUUUGAAUCAAACUAUGAUGUACUUCAUGUUUGAUUAAGAAUUGUAUUUUGGUGUGUUUCAUUUAGUGAAGAUCCUGCAUUAAUUUCCAUUAAACACCCGAAGACACUCAACAACUGUGAUGAUUCUUUAAAUUUUCAUUCUUUUUUCUCCCCUUAAUUAUAGUUUCAUUUUAUUAAUUUCUUUCUUGACUGCAUGACCCAGAAAAAAUUUAAAACAAACAUAACAGAGAAACACUUACUAAAGCAUCCUUAUAGAACUUGCGUUCAAUCAAAGAUCAUGGAUGAGUUGGAAGAAUAUAAUAAGGAGAUGAGGAAUGACGUUAAUCAACUGAAGGAACAGAUGGUGCAGAUUUUGGAGGCACUGAAGUCUCUAGAAAGGAGAGCCACAGAAGGGACCCCUACUACCCAACAACCUACUCCUAUCUGCCCACCUGGUUUUACUCCUGCACAAGGACCAUCUCAAGGCUUUCCCGCUCAGGAAACAAUGGUGCCUUUGACUCUACACAUAGAAAGACCCUUGCAACAAUCUAGUAAUCAUCAAGAGGGCCAGUUUCCUCCAUAUGGUCUUCCUCCUAAUUAUACUCUGCCAAUAGCUGAGAACCCACUAAACACAAGCCAACCGUCAAAUCAAACCAAUCCUAACCAACCUUCAAGACCACAAAUCCAACCAACCCAAACAUCCAUUCCACCGUAUACUUAUCCUCAAAAUGCUAAUCCUCAUGAAAGCCAUAUACCACAUGCAAUACCCACAACAAACCCGCUAAUUCAUCAACAGCCACAAAUCACCAACCUUAGUAUUGGGGGAAAUUGAUCAACAUCACCAUUCUAUCCUGACGAAAAUCUCCAAUCUCAAGAAAAGCUACACAUAUUGGAAGAGAGAUUGAGAGCCAUUGAAGGAAGCAAUUAUGGUAUAGGGGAAGAUGCAGAUUUGUGCCUAGUCCCGAACGUCACUAUCCCUCCAAAGUUCAAGAUACCUGAAUUUGAUAAGUAUAAGGGAACCACUUGUCCGAAAAGUCACCUAAUAAUGUAUUGUAGAAAGAUAGCAUCGCAUGCUCAUGAAGACAAAUUGUUGAUUCAAUUCUUCCAAGACAGUUUAGUUGGGGCAGCUUUGAGUUGGUAUAUGCAUUUGGAGCGUGGCCAUAUUCGUUGUUGGAAGGACUUAGCCGAUGUUUUCUUGAAACAAUAUAAAUACAAUAUUGAUAUGGCUCCUGAUAGGCUGCAGCUACAAAACAUGAUUAAGAAGGAAAAUGAGUCGUUCAAAGAGUAUGCGCAAAGGUGGCGAGAACUGGCAGCUCAAGUAGAGCCUCCCCUAUUGGAGAAAGAAAUGGUAGCUAUGUUCAUUGAUACUCUCCAAUCACCCUUCUAUGAUAGGAUGAUUGAAAGCGUAUCAUCAAACUUUUCAGACAUUGUAAUCAUAAGGGAGAGGGUAGAAAGUGGCAUGAGGACAGGAAAAAUUCCCAACAGUUUCGUCGGAGUGGCCAACACAAAAAAAGCUCAGUUUAGAAUAGGCAAAAAGAAAGAAGGAGAGACUAACGCUGUAACUUUUCACCUGAGAGAAGUUCUUUUCAUUAGACCUUACCAAAUACCACACCAUUUCUAACCUGUAUUCCCUGCCCCUCAAAUGCCUUACCCGUAUGUCACUGCCAUUUCAAACCACCCCAACUCCCAAUCCUACCAAUCACGGCCUUAUCAACCCUCCGCACCUACUUUUCCUAUUGCACCACCCAUGAGACCACCCCAACAUUGGCACCAACAUCCAAACACCAGCCAAAU